AAGAGUGUUUGGUUCCAUUAAAAAAGAAUUCAGCUAAUUAAUAUUUAAAAUUAAAUACAUCAGACGAAUAUUUUUUUCCGUGCGAAACGUUCCUAUCGUAACAUGUAGCUAGCGAAAUGAAAGUGUCGCAUUUAAUAAAGUGUUUAUUUGCGUUUUAGAUUGGGAUAUUACUUGUGCGGGUACAACACUAAUGUUAAAUAACAUUUGGAUUUAGAAUGUACUUGUUGUAGUUACUACUUACUGUUUAGUGUUUAUUUGGAAGAAUUGUUAUGGCCGUAAAACUGUACAAAUGUUUGUAAAUCAAGCAAGAAAAUGAUAACAUUUGGCUCCGCUAACACUUCGACAACAGUGGAGGACACAGGUGAAGUGAGAAGCAUUUGUGAGAGUGUUUGCAGUGAUGGGUCCAACGCGACCGUCCAACCUGGGGGCUCUAAUCAGAGGCCCCGGAUGGAUAUUGUUUGUGUUUUGGAUGUAACCCAAACAUUGAACCUAGCUCAUAGAAGAAGAGCUUUGGAAGAAGUACGACUAGCUUCAGAGCUGGUUAAUGCAAAUCUACACCACAUUCAUUUUGAAAAAUUAGAUUUUGGUGAAACAAGUGUCUUGGAUACAUUCUACAAUGCAGACGUGGCACUCGUGGACCUCAGCGUGCAGGUGCAGCAGAGUUCACUGCUGUACCAUCUUGGAGUACGCGAGAGUUUUGACAUGAAGGAGAAUGUUCUACUCUAUAAUGAUGUUGAUCCUGAUGCUACAUUGAGACUUAAGAUAUCGCUGCCGAAUUUCCUGUUUGUAUCGUACAAGUUGACUGACGCGGGAACUUGUGUGACAACCAAUCCGGCAGCUACCAAGUUCAAGGGAGAAGAGACGGCGGAUCCCAAACAACAUCUUACAUUACGUCUCAAGAAUAUACUACAAGAUGUCGAAGUACAAACAAAAGCUCAUUUGCAAGAAAAGUUUCUAUCAGAUCUCCGUAAAGCACGCGAGACAUACAGCGGUCAAGAACUGGCUAAUGUUUUGCAUGCUAUGCGACGUCGGUUGGAUGAUCCAGCCGUGCUCUCUGGUGAUACUAUACUCAAUAUGCUGAUAUCCUACAGAGAGAUACAGGACUAUGACGCUAUAGUACAAGUCGUGGACGAUCUAAAGACCAUCAUGAAUAGAAAGAAUUACGUCAAUAUGCCGAUUAUCAGGUUUAUGUACGCGUUUGCAAUGAACAGAAGAAACAAAGAGGGCGAUAGAGAGAAUGCUUUGAAAGUAUGCGUCAAAGCUUUAGAGAAGAAAGAAAAUCGGUUCCCCGACAUGCUUUGUCUUUGCGGACGUAUUUAUAAAGAUAAAUUUGUAGAAUCUCAACAUACUGAUCUGGAAAGCUUGAAAAAUGCCAUCCAUUGGUAUAGACAGGGUUUUGAAGUGCAACCAAAUGAGUAUGCUGGUAUCAAUUUAGCUACAUUAUUAGUUAUAGCCGGCAACGACUUCAAAGACUCCCAAGAGUUGCAGCACAUUGGCAGAGUUUUAAAUCACCUAAUAGGUAAGAAGGGUAGCUUAUCGUCUCUCAAAGACUACUGGGAUGUUGCGACUUUCUUCGAGAUAUCAGUCCUCGCUCAGGAUUACGUCAAAGCUAUCCAAGCGGCGGAGUGCAUGUUCAAAUUGAAGCCACCGAAUUGGUACCUCAAGUCAACUAUAGGAAAUAUUGAAUUAAUUGAUAGAUUUAGAAAGAAAAGUGAAGAAACAUCACCGGAACAGCAAGUGUUUUCGUUUUGGAUGGAGUUCUUUGUUGAAGCGACUAAAUCUACGUGUGAAAAUAUUAUUAGAUUUCCGGUAUUGAUUUUAGAGACGACAAAAAUCUAUAUGCCAUCCUAUGUUAAUGUGAAUAUGGGUGCGGAACAAAAAUCUGUAGAGAUCUUCAAUUUGUGUCUAGACUCGAUGCGCGGUGAUUGUAGACAAGUGCACAGGUGGCUCUUCACAUCUGACAUGAUACGGACGUACAGUUUAUACAAACGCGACGAGCGUUGUCUUUUCCUAUAUGUGAGUGAGAACUCAGACGACUUCCAAAUAUUCCUGCCGUCGCAAGCUUUCCGGCAACACUUGUACGAUCUGUUGGGAGAACUGACCGCAGACCAUGAGAAACUCACUGAUCUAGACACUAGUGUUAUGCAGGAUCAACUCAAGUUUGAAUACGAAUAUGACGGCAACAAGCGCGUAGUCCUGGGCAAGGGAACAUACGGUGUGGUGUACGCGGCGAGAGACCUCAACACUCAGGUCCGUAUCGCAGUGAAGGAGAUCCCCGAGCGCAACCUUGGCGAUGUUCAGCCGCUGCAUGAAGAGAUCCUGCUGCACUCACAGCUGCGGCACAGGAACAUCGUACAGUACUUAGGAUCAAUAUCAGAAGACAAUUACUUCAAGAUUUUCAUGGAGCAAGUCCCGGGAGGGUCGCUGUCUGCUCUCUUGAGAUCCAAGUGGGGACCGCUCAAAGAAAAUGAAGCAACAAUUGCGUAUUACACUAAACAAAUACUGGAAGGUUUAAAAUAUUUGCACGACCAGAAAAUCGUCCACCGAGAUAUAAAAGGCGAUAACGUUUUAGUUAAUACUUAUAGCGGGGUUGUAAAAAUAUCUGACUUCGGUACCUCCAAACGAUUGGCAGGGCUUUGCCCUUCCACGGAGACUUUUGCUGGAACACUGCAAUAUAUGGCACCGGAGGUCAUUGACAAAGGUCUUAGAGGUUAUGGAGCACCUGCUGAUAUCUGGUCGUUGGGAUGCACGGUGGUUGAAAUGGCAACAGGAAACCCACCAUUCAUGGAGUUGGGGUCACCACAAGCUGCUAUGUUUAAAGUCGGAUAUUACAAAAUGCAUCCAGAAAUUCCAAGUGAACUGUCUCAGAAAGCGAAGAACUUUAUAUUGCGUUGCUUCAUACCGGAGCCGGAGAAACGCGCCACAGCCGCUGAAUUACUUGAAGAUCCUUUCCUAUCAGAAAAGAAGAAAUCUUCAACUCGUUUAGGCAACAGCGUCGAUUACAGCCGCAGUAUCUCCGUGCCGGCGGACAAGGUGCGAACUGUCGCUCAGAAGAAGAUAUCCGAGCCCAGCAUCCCAAAUCUGCCCAGUUCACCGGAGAUCGAGGUCAAAACGAUCCGGUCUAAUCCGACAAUCACUAGGACGGCCUCGUCGAUGCUCUCACCGAUACUGAUCUAUCCGCCGGACUUGUCAAACAGCAGUACAAUGCCUAAUACACCUUCCACGGAAGAGAUGGAAAAUAGUGAUACUCUUCUCAACAGACGAAGUUCUUCUGGUGGAUUAUUGUCACCUGAGGUGGAUAUGACAAAUGUACCUCGAUCAUCUAUUGACAUAGAACAUGAUGGUUUUUAUCUACUAAAGAAGGAUUCACAGCGUCGUCUGACUCUCUCCCGUGUGUUAGAACAAGACAGUGAGAAGAUUUGCUCAAAAUGGAUGCUGAGUAUUCAACAGGACUUCGGGAACACGGUUUUAACGCUAAAUCAUCUAGAGACGCUCCGUUGCGCUCUCAAAGAUUAUAUAAUGGAUCAGAACAAGUCUGUCAUAGAGCAAGCUAUAACCACAUUGAAGGAGGAAUUGGACUUCGAUUCUAACGCUAUCAAUGAACUUCACUCCGCUAUAUACAUGUUCCAAGAGGCGGUCAAUGUUGUACUGAGAAUGCACAGCAUCAAGCCACAUUGGAUGUUUGCUUUAGAUAAUCUAGUGAGAAAUGCCGUACAAGCUGCUAUAACUGUCUUAUCUCCAGAGUUAGGAGCUAACUUAGCAGGGCAGGAGGCUCGGCGAGGUGGUGCUCAGGAGGCGGGCACUCCCUCCGCCCUCUCCACCGCCACCUCAGCACGAGACCAGCUCCAUCAGCUGCACCAGCUGCGUCAGGAGAACAACAAAUUACAUCAAGAUCUGUUAGAGAGUUAUCAACAAAAUCAGGCGCUGCUUCGAUUGAUGUUGGAAGAACAGAAAAUGCAAACGCAAAUCAUUAAAGAAUUCAUCGAGAAGAAACCGAGGAAUGAACCUGAAGAUAAUGAUGUAGAGUACGACAUCGCAGAGCUAGAAGCUAUCCGCGAAUGGGCGUCCAGUCGCAAUGUACCUGAGAAAACGGUGCUAGCUCUCGCCGCGCAGGGCUUCACUCUGAAUGAGCUGUUACAAUACGCUCAGCGGGAAGAUUUAGCUAAACUUAACCUCAAAGGCGGUAUCGAACUUCGUCUUUGGCGAGCGAUACUGGAACACCGUAAUCAAAACGCGAACCACCUUCGUCGUACGAGCAGUACUGAAACAGAUAUGGAUACCAACUCCAUAGUAAUGGUAGAUUGUCAGAAGUGUAAAACCUUAAGGACCAUAUCUAACAACUCUUCGUGCUCCAAUAACCCAACUAUUGUGAUCAGAGAUCAGCAAGUGAAUGGAGAUAAUACGGUGUCAGAAUAUUACACGGAUAAUGGGGUUGCUAAACUCUGACUAUUGCGAGGGUGGUGCUCUCUGCAAUAAAGGGCCUUGGUAUUUAAAAGCGACUAUCCUUAACAAAACAUAUUAACCUGGAAAAUAUUGCUUUAUCUUUAAAGAGACGUACCUUUAACCCAUGCUUCGGUUGUACAACUUGCACAUUCUGUUGAACAUAAU